AUGGCGAGCUACCAGCGGAUUCCGACGUCGGCGCAGCAGGCAGACGAGCAGGACGAGCGCGACACACUCUCGCUGCAGAACCCGCUGACGCAGAGCUCGAUUGACGAGUUCAACCGCCCCCCGCCCGCGCUCUGGAAGCGCAUCGCCGUCCUCGCCGCCAUCAUCCUGCUCGGCUGGGGAGCCGUCAAGCUCGGCCAGUGGGGCGAGAAGAAGCGCAACCCCGAGAUCAUCUACGCGACUCGAUAUUCGGACGAGUUCCGUUACCGCCCCGCCGAGUCGCCCGUGAUCACAGAGUACCUCAAGGACGGGCGGAUCCGGCUGCGGGGCGCGCACCCGGCCGGCGUCGGCGUGCCGCCGAACAAGAUGCCGCUGAGGCCGGAGCAGAAGGCGUACCAGGAGCAGAAGAAGCGGGAGGAGAUUAAGGAGCGCGCAAAGAAGAAGCUCGAGGACGAGAAGCUCCGCAAGAAGCAACGCAGCAAGGCUGCCCGCGCCAAGAGCAAGGCGAAGGCUGGCAAGAAGAAUGUAGACGGCAGCAAGGAGUUGUAG